GAAACAUAACCGAAAAUCAUCGUCGCCAUUUUGAAGCUAGUGCAACAGAUGCAUUUGGAAGCUGCUGCUUGUUCUUGGUGCUUUUACUGCAGUGCUGUGCGAAAGAAGAAUAAAAAUGGCUCCGCCAAAUAUUUUAUUGACUCAUGAUGGACAUACAAAGCUAUUUGCUCCUCUGUCUUCAGUGUACACAUAACGAAUCGCGAUGUCACUUGGAACGCCCGAAAUGGAUCAUGCUGUGAUAACUGGUCGAGAAUAAUUUGCAUACUUCCUUGUAUAGUUAUGAUACCAAAUCAAGCUCCAGAUUGCUUCUUGAGAUAGAUUGUUUUUGAGAGUAAUGUAGGUAUUCGAUAAUUACGAGAAUCAAAGGAAGAUGUCGGUUUCUCCAAUGAGAUGAUAAUGCUAACUAUCGCCAAAAUUAAAAUAAUAGUGAUUUGCAAGGUGGCAAAUGUUUCGAGUGACUUGCUAGUCUUGAAGGAGAGAUGUGGUCGAUAGUUUCCUAUAGAUUGAUUUACAACAAUAUACAGAAUACAAUUAAAACCCCAACAUAACAGAUGUUAAGAUAUAUUUAGAAAGUGAAGAAUUUGCACAAAAACUCUUGUACUGGAUCAAUAACUGUUCAUAAUCACAGAAAAAUGUGAAUUUGAAAGAACGCGAUUAAAGUCCAACAAUACUUAUUUCACCAUGGGCGAUCCACACAACAGGAAAAAUCUAGCUGUUAGCCGUUUGCGGCAUCAAUUGAGAAAGAAGAGGGAAUCUUUGGCAGACCAUUUUGAUUUCAAGAUGUAUAUUGCCUUUCAUUUCAAGGAAAAGAAAAAGAAUUGUGCCUUGUUCGAAGUUGCUGAAGUGGUACCAGUUAUGACAAAUAACUAUGAAGAUAGUAUUCUAAAAGGGGUGAAGGAAGAAGCCUACACGUACGAAAGUUCAAAGGAGCUUUUAGAAAAAGAUGUCGUACAAUUACAUGCACCAAGAUGGCAGUCCAUGAGGAGGGAUGUGUUGGGAUGUACUACAGAGAUGGACUUCUUUCUUUGGCCUCGCAGUGACAUAGACAAGAUAGAAUGUAUGCUGUUCUCCAAAUGGAAAGGGGAUGAAAGUCCCUUCAAACCUAUCCAGGCCGAGUUUAGAUUUGACCAUGCUGACUAUGAGAAACAACUGAUGCGACUGUUGACCAAGAAAGAAAGAUCUGGCCUCAUCAUCAAUAACCCAGCUCAGUCCAUGUUUCUCUUCAUUGACAAAAACCAACUACAGACCAGCAAAAGCAAAGUGAUUGUGUUCAAGCUGUCCAGCAUAUGUUUGUACCUACCCCAGGACCAGUUGACAUCAUGGGGCCCAGGCACUGCCGAGGAGCUACUUUCUCCCCUUAUGUCUGAGCCUCAGUCAGAACCCCAGGGCUGAUCAGGCCCUGUCCCAGGGUAACACUGGUGGAUAGGGAAACUCACGUUCUGUAUAGUCGCUCAAACUCUUCUGAACACCAGAAACUAAACGAUGUCUGCUUUUUAUUUUAGAGAUAAAAAAAACAAAUCUAAAGUGUAAAUAAUUUUUAGAGAAUACAUACCAAUUAUGUAUGUUGUUCAUUAUCCUUUGUCAUACCUUUUAUUUUCAACCUCUCGUGUUUGCAGCCAUUUUGUGUAUUAUACUAUAUUCAUUCCGUUCAGAGUUUGCUCAUUUUAUAUGCCAUAAAUUCUACUGCGCAGUCAUGAUCUUGAAUCUUUCUUGUUUUAAAAGAGAUCAACAGUAAUCUCUUGAAACUUUUUCAUUUGGCUUUUGUAAUAGUUUUUUCACAUUCCUGCAUUUAAUUUAAAUUUCAUAUUUGUUAAAAAUGUAGUAAAAAUCUGUGAAGGAUUCUGCUUCAUAGUUAUAUAGUCAUAGAUAAACUGGAUUAUUUUCAGAUUAGCUUGAACAAUUUGUUUCCUUUUGCUAGUCAUGAAAGUUAGGUACAUUGGGAAAAUCUAAACUAAGUUUUAACUGCCAUAAAAGUAUUUUACUGCAGAUUUUUCAGAUAAGCAUCAAACUAUGAAUAAAAAAUGGCAUUUUUUUGUUUUCAAUGAAUUUUAUAUAUAUUCAUGUUAUGAUGUAAAAUGUAUUUGUUUGUCAAGCAGACACUUUCAGUUAACUUGGCUAUCAUUUUGAUAUUUCCAGAAACUAUGUACUGAUAUUCUUUUUUAUUUCUAACAUUAUGGGAUAAUUGUACCUUGUCAGCCGCUUUGUUUUUUCCAUUUAAUCUCAUAGAUAAAAUCUUAACCAAUCAUUGAGGCAGGAAUAAUUGUUAUUUGUUAACUUGGAAGGUCUAGGGGUGUUAAAGGUCAUUUCGGAAUCUGGAAUAAAUGUGAAAUUUCGAAUUCAUUCAACAACUGAUUUAGAAGAUAUGGCAUUACAAAGAGAGACAUAAAAUGUGUAGAUAUCAUCUGUUGUGCGCUAUUUUCCUUUUUGAAAGCCUCAGGAUGCACCAAACAAAUGGCAUGUUUAAACAUUAGAAAAGUUUUGUUUGUCACAUGUAGAGGCUUUUAUUUCUGCAAGCUAACUGUCCAAAAAAACACUAUAUUUUGACUAUUUCUGCAUAGCAAUGCAAUUUUGUUGCUUUGGUAGGGCAUGUAUGCAUAGGCAUUGGAAAAUUUCUGCUCCAAGAAAGAUAGCCCCAAGUAUCCAAUAUGAUGUGCAUAACAAAAAUUGUUAUUAAUAAAUUAAAGUUGAAAUUUGUACUUUUAUGAGGCCAAAAAUGACCCAUAAUGACCCAAGUCCUUGAGACAGUAGAAAAUCAAGCUGUCACAGUUAUCAAAAACCAUAUUAGCAAUGUUCUGCUGUAACACAUGGGGAUGCUUAUCCUAUUUAAUGAUUCAUGUACCAGUUACACAAUGCCUUGUGUAACUUGGGGUUAAGCUUACCCGGCACAAAGUGCCAAAGAGGUUAUGUAAUAAUGAAAUGUCCAUCAACUUUUUUCUUUUAACAAGCUCUUCUAGAAAACUGAAUGACCAAGUGUCCUGAUAAUUGGCCUGUAGGUACAUGUACCUAUGAUGAAGUGCUAUAAAAUUUACUCAAAUCGGAGACGUAGAUCUACUUUCAAAGUCACCAGGUCAAUUUGAUAAAACUUGAAACGUCAUAUUAAGAACCAAACUAUAGAGCUAUGAUUCUAGGGUAUGUUAUCUGUAAUGUAACACAAUAGUGCAAAUCGUUGUCUAAUGCAUUGUGUGUAGGUGAAACGUUGAAGGUGAGCACUAAUCAGAGUCAAAGUUCAAACAUUUCAAGAUCUUCUUCCGUUGACUUACUUCCAGUGUCACCAGAGUCUAAAAUGUUUUAAAAAAUUCAUCGGCUUCAUUCAGACAUUCGAAGUCAGACAUUUUGUAACAGUCCAGGGCCGUUUUCGUUUAAACAGUUGAACUGGUUGGACCACAGUUGUUCGUUUAUUGAAUAAGGUCGGACCUAGUAAUUUGAAGUUGCUUUCAGGCGAGCCUUGACAAAGCCUUUGCAAGGCCUGCAUAAACAUUAGCAGGUCCGCUAGGAUUUAUACCUGAAAUUGUUACAUUUAAAAACGGACAAACUGUUUGUUCCACAUAAACGAACAGGCCCCUGGUGAGUGCAGCAAGCCCUAUAGGUCUCUUGUUUAAUUUUGAAAACCAAUGUUCUUGUCAUUAAAAAUAAUACUAGUGUAUCCAAAAUGUUACCGGUGCAUUAACUGAUUCAAGAUUCAGAAAGAAAUUCCUAAAGGAAUGAUAUAUACCUAACAAAGGAAAUUAGAAUAUGGCAUGUAGUGUCUGGUGCAGUUCCAAAAGAAAGUUACCAUUGGUACUCGCAGCCUUUGGCUGUUAGUAAUCCUGAUAAACAAAUUAAGAAUUAAUAUCUUCAACAUAUUUCAGCCAAGUUGAAGUAUUUAUUUUGUGUUUUAAUUGAUGUGAUGGUAUACUGCUUAAUGUGUAUUAUUUGAUCGUCCUUACAAACGGGGCACAAAGUUUAUAAUAGAACACUCGUUUUUGUAUUGACUACACAUGGUAUUCCUAAACCUGUGUCAAACUUAGACCUACAACAUAUAUGUUUUUCAAGAUUAGGUUUCCCAUUCAUUUGUUCUUGAUUUUGUUUUGUUUUAUAUCUUGUUUUUAUUAAUUACAUUAAGCUUUGUGAGAUGUAUUGGUUUCAUUUGAGAUGGCACAUGAAAUGAUGCUGGAUGAAUGUGUGUGCUCUACUAGACCUCCGUUGGGUCAGCUGUGUGUGGAUGCAAUUGCUUAGGAUCAUGACCCUGUUUGAUAAAUUUGUUCUGUCAUUGAGUUUUUUUAUGUUAAAAAUAUUUCAUUGGUUAUUAUGAUAAAUGAUAGUAAACAAAUUUCAAAUCUUUAAAAAAAUGUAUGUCCUUUAAUAUUUACGUAUGCAUCAUCCUUUACAGAAAUAUUUGUAACCUUCCUAAAUUUAAAGGAAACAUUUUCAGAACAUUUUCUUCAAAUUUUACCUGCCAUUAAAGAGAAUACUUGUAGCCAUGAAAAUAAAUUUACCCUUUUCUUAAACUCAAGGAUACAAUGCUUUUAAUUAGUAUGUGGCUUCUUAUAGCUUCUAUAGUAUCAACAUCAUCUCUAUAAAAUAUUGUUUUUGUACCGGAGUGCUAUAAGGCUUAUUAAAUUUCCAUAUAUAUUUAUUUAGAUAUUAUUUUCUAAGUGCAUCCUUUUUUUGGUGUACAUGAUGAACUUGAAGUGCAGUCAUUCAACCAAACUUUGUUGGAUGCCUCCUGAAAAUCUGGUUGUGAGCUUAUAGAAGAAUUGCAUUUUUCAGGAAAUUUCUUUCCAUUUGAAUUUAGUGCCAUCUGACUUUCACAAAAAUUGACAAAAUUCAGUGUUAUCGCGGAAUGAAAAGUGCAUGAAAAUAAGUAUAGUAAUAGAUAAUAUAAAAAUUCUGGGCAAUAAUUUAGCAUUGUUCUUUUUUUUUCAAGGAUGGUGUUUGGUAUUUAAGGUAUAACUGGAAAGAGCUUUAAAGCUGCUGUGAAAAGAAAUAAUUUUGCCUCCAGUAACAUCUAGAUACCCCAAGUGAGCGAAUGUAACUUACAUUGGAAAAAAUGUUUUGAAAAGCUGAAGGCUAAAAAGUUAAGAAGUAAAAAUAUUAUGAUAUCCGUUAGGUGUGCGAGAAUGUCUUUUGCCUAAACAUGUCAAAUUGUUUAUUUUAUGAAACGAAUUGGAAAAUAAAAAAAAAUACCAAUUACAUUGAA